AUGCCGUUGUGCCUUGCAGGUGACUGUCAAAGACACCAGAGGACUCACACAGUAGAGAAAGACUUUGAAUGUCCUGAUUGUGGAAAAUGUUUCAGUGAGAAUUUCAGCCUGUUGAAACACCAGAGGACUCACACAGCAAAGAAAUGCUUUGAAUGCCCUGAUUGUGGGAAACGUUUCAGUUGGAAUUCCAGCCUGGUGAAACAUCAAAGGACUCACACAGGAAAAAAACAGUUUGAAUGUUCUGAUUGUAGAAAAAGUUUCAAUCACAGUUCCCAGCUUGUGAUACACCAGAGGACUCACACAGUAGAGAAAGACUUUGAAUGUCCUGAUUGUGGGAUACAUUUCAGUCGGAAUUCCAGCCUGGUGAUACACCAGAGGACUCACACAGUAGAGAAAGACUUUGAAUGUCCUGAUUGUGGGAUACAUUUCAGUCGGAAUUCCAGCCUGGUGAUACACCGAAGAACUCACAUAGGAGAUAAACCCCUUGAAUGUCCUGAUUGCGGGAAAAGUUUCAGUCAUAGCUCCCACCUUGUGAGGCACCACAGAACUCAUACAGGAGAGAAACCGUUUAAAUGUCCAAUCUGUAGGAAAAGUUUCAGUGAAAAUUCCAGCCUAGUGAUACACCAGAGGAAUCACACGCGAGAUAGACCCUUUCAAUGUCCUGAUUGUGGGAAAAGUUUCAGAGAUAAUUCCAGCCUGGUGAUACACCAGAGGAUUCACACAGGAGAGAAACCGUUUGAAUGUCCUGAUUGUGGAAAAUGUUUCAGUCAGCAUUCCAACAUGGUGACACACCAGAGCAUUCACACAGGAGAGAAACCAUUUGAAUGUCCUAUUUGUGGGAAAAGUUUCAGUAAGAAUUUCAGCCUUAUUGGCCACCAGAGGACUCACACAGGAGAAAAACCCUUUGAAUGUCCUGAUUGUGGAAAACAUUUCAGUCAGCAUUCCAACAUGGUGGCACACCAGAGCACUCACACAGGAGAGAAACCAUUUGAAUGUCCUAUUUGUGGGAAAAGUUUCCGUAGGAAUUCCAGCCUUAUUGGCCACCAGAGAACUCACACAGGAGAAAAACCUUUUGAAUGUCCUGAUUGUAGAAAAAGUUUCAGUCAGCAUUCUAACCUGGUGACGCACCAGAGGACUCACACAGGAGAGAAACCCUUUAAAUGUCCUGAAUGUGAAAAAAGUUUCAGUCAGCAUUCCAGCCUGGUGAAACACCAGAGGACUCACACAGGAGAGAAAUCCUUUAAAAGACCUGACUGUGGGAAAAGUUUCAGUCUGAAUUCCAGCCUUAUUGGCCACCAGAGGAAUCACACAGGAGAGAAACCCUUUAAAUGCCCUGACUGUGGGAAAUGUUUCAGUACCAAUUCCAGCCUGGUUAGACACCAGAGGAUUCACACAGGAGAGAAACCCUUUGAAUGUUCUGAGUGUGGAAGACGUUUCAGUCUGAAUUCCAGUCUGGUUAAACACCAGAGGACUCAUACAGGAGAGAAACCUUUUGAAUGUCCUGACUGUGGAAGAAAUUUUAGUCUGAAUUCCAGUCUGGUUAAACACCAGAGAACUCACACAGGAGAGAAACCCUUUAGAUGUCCUGACUGUGGGAAACGUUUCAGUCAGAAUUCCAACCUCAUUUGCCACCAGAGGAUUCACACCGGAGAGAAACCCUUUGAAUGUCCGGACUGUGGGAAAGAUCUCAGUACUAGGGUUAACCUUAUAAAUCAUGUCCUUAUACACACAGAAAGUUCAUUCCUUGGACAGUGCUUCAGGCAACAAUCCACCCUUAUCGCACACAGGAAAAUCCACAUGAGGCCUCAAGUGACCUUCAUGGUUCAAGAGCCAUAA